GACAUUAAAAAUAACACUUGCACUUUGUUAUCAAAAACGCUGCCAACUUAGCUUGGUCUGACUCUACCUAAUCUAACAGGCUAAAAAAAGAGGCCAAGUGCGAGUCGGACUCGCCCAUGAAGGGUUCCGUACCAUUUAUGACGUAUUAAAAAAAAACUACUUACUAGAUCUCGUUCAAACUAAUUUUCGGUGGAAGUUUGCAUGAUAAUCAUAGAUUUUUUUAGUUUUAUCAUUCUCUUAUAUUAGAAGUUACAGGGGGACACACACACACACACAUUUUACCACUUUGGAAGUGUCUCUCGCGAAAACUAUUCAGUAAAAAAAAAUGAUAUUAUAAACCUCAAUAUUAUUUUUGAAGACCUAUCCAUAGAUACCCCACACGUAUGGGUUUAUAGAAAUAAUUUUUUUUGAGUUUCAGUUCUAUGGGGAAUCCCCAAAAUUUAUGUUUUUUUUUCUAUUUUUGGCUACGGAACUCUAAAAAGAAAUCAAUCAUGUUACUAUCAGGUCCAGUUCAGUCACUUUACUACUUUUAGGUUGAUUUCAGAACGUCCAACUAAAAUACUAAAUUCAAACUACGAGUAUUUCAAACACUUCCUACUAGCAACUGGUUUCAGGCUUUGUUUUCGGGAAAUCUUCCCCGCCCUGGCAACACCGCACGCCGGCAGUCAGUCCACUCGAGACGGCGCGCGCAAGCGCAGCCUCCAACGACGCGUUCCAAAAUCAAAUUUAAAAACCCAACGAUCAACAUCAAAUUGAGAAUCUACCUUAAUUUAUUCUGCGUACAGUGUCCCAAACAAGUGUGCAUGCUAAUUGUUCUAAAAAUGCAAGUGUUAACUAAGAUAUGCGUACGGUGUAUAUGUAAAGUGUACGAUUGAUAUUUUUUGUUUGUCUGCGUGUAAUAACCGUGUUCGCGAUGGGUUUAUAAUUGGUCUAAAUCUAUGAUUGUGAAGUGAAGAAUGUAGAGGGACACAAUGUCACAGAGGGAUUUCUCAGAGAUAGAGCCAACGGGCUCAGCGUCCCUGGGAGCCGCGUCGAGGGCACUCUUCGUAGAGAAAGUGCGCGCGUCGAAUGCCGCCUGCCAAUCCGGGGACUUUGCUACCGCCGUCGCGUUGUACACCGACGCUCUGACCUUGGACCCGGCCAACCAUAUACUUUACAGUAACAGGUCGGCAGCACGACUCAAACAGGGACAAUUCGCAGCAGCACUUCAAGAUGCAACGAAGGCCAGAGAGUUGUGCCCCAACUGGCCCAAAGCUUACUACCGACAAGGGGUGGCUCUCCAAUGCCUCGGGCGCCACGGCGAAGCCCUGGCAGCCUUCAGUUCAGGCCUGGGCGUGGAGCCGGCGUCUCGGCAGCUCCUCGCUGCCCUGGUGGAAGCUUCUCUCAAGUCUCCCCUGCGAACUACACUAGAACCAACCUUCAGGCAGCUAGAGGCGAUGAAGCUGGAUCAGAGCCCGUUCGUACUGAUAUCGGUGGUGGGUCAAGAACUGCUGGCAGCAGGUCAGUACCAGGCCGCCGUCACCGUGCUCGAAGCUGCACUGAGGAUCGGCUCCUGCUCUCUCAAACUACGGGGCUCCGUGUUCAGCGCCCUGUCCUCCGCCCACUGGGCCCUGAGCCAACUUGACGCCGCCAUCAACUAUAUGCAGCAGGAUUUAGCCGUCGCGAAGUCACUCGGCGACACUGCUGGCGAAUGCAGAGCACAUGGGAAUCUUGGCGCCGCUUACUUUAGCCAAGGCUCUUAUAAGGAUGCGUUGACCGCGCAUCGGUAUCAGCUGGUGUUAGCUAUGAAAUGCAAGGAUACCCAAGCCGCCGCGGCCGCCCUCACGUCCCUCGGCCACGUGUACACCGCCAUCGGGGACUACCCCAACGCGCUGGCCAGCCACAAGCAAUGUGUCCAACUGGUGAAGCAGAUGGGGGACCGGUUGCAGGAAGCCAGGGAGAUUGGGAAUGUUGGAGCUGUGUAUCUGGCUAUGGGAGAGUUUGAUUCUGCGGUGGAUUGCCAUACGCAGCAUUUGAGGCUGGCUAGGAGACUUGGCGAUCAGGUUGAAGAAGCAAGGGCAUACUCUAAUCUGGGAUCCUCGUACCACUACAGACGGAACUUCGCUCAAGCCAUCGCCUACCAUGAGAACGUGUUGCGGAUCGCUCAGAACCUAGGCGACAGAGCUAUUGAGGCCAGAGCUUACGCUGGUCUGGGACAUGCGGCUAGAUGUGGAGGAGAUUACGCCCAAGCUAAGAAAUGGCAUGAAAGGCAGCUAGAUGUUGCGCUUGCUGCUAGAGAUAAGGUUGGGGAAGGCCGAGCAUGUUCGAACUUGGGCAUUGUGUACCAGCUAUUGGGUGAACAUGACGCCGCACUAAAAUUACACCAGGCACAUUUGUCAAUAGCCAGGCAGUUGCAGGAUAAGGCAGGCAUGGGCCGCGCCUACGGCAAUAUCGGGAACGCCUACUCAGCUGCUGGCUUCUACGAACAAGCCAUCAAGUACCACAAGCAGGAGCUGACGAUCUCCAAGGAAGUUCAUGAUAGGAGCUCCGAGGCGUCAACUCAUGGGAACUUGGCUGUAGCGUACCAGGCUCUCGGGGCGCAUGAUAUGGCUUUGUUUCAUUACAGGGCGCAUUUAGGUAUCGCCCGCGAGCUAAAAGACGCAGCAGGCGAAGCGUGCGCGCUCCUCAACCUCGGCAACUGUCUGUCCUCCCGCGGGGAGUUCGCCCAAGCCGUCCCGUACUACGAGCAGCACUUGAUGCUGUCGCAGGAGCUGGGGGAUGUCACGGCGGAGGCAAAAGCUUGCCAUUUUCUUGGCUAUGCGCAUUACUGUCUCGGAAAUUAUAGAGAGGCUGUUAGAUAUUACGACCAAGACCUCUCACUAGCCAAAGAUCUUCAAGACAAAAUGAACAUGGGCAGAGCAUACUGCAAUCUCGGUCUAGCCCAUCUCGCUCUAGGCAACUUAGAAACCGCGUUAGAAUGCCAAAAGUAUUUCCUUGCUAUCGCGCAUAUGACCCAGCAUUUGCAGGGAAAGUUCAGGGCAUUGGGGAACAUCGGGGAUGUGUUGAUUAAAAUGGGGGAUGUUGAAGAGGCUGUUAAGAUGUAUCAGAGACAGCUCGGGUUCGCGAGGCAGGCGAGGGAUCGCUCUUUGGAGGCGGCGGCUUGUGGAGCUCUUGGGCUGGCUAGAAGGCUACAAAGAAGGCUUGAUGCCGCGUUGGGACAUCAUACGCAGGAAUUAACUCUUCGCCAAGAAGCCGGCGACUCAGCAGGAGAAGCCAGAGCUCACUCCCACUUAGGAGCUGUCCACAUGGCCCUAGGGCACUACUCGCACGCAGCAAGAUGCUAUAGGGAACAACUGGAGAGAGCUCAAGAGUUACAGGACUGUGCUCUGGAAGCACAAGCUUACGGCAACUUGGGUAUUGCGAAGCUUAACAUGGGACAUUAUGAGGAUGCCAUUGGAUAUUUAGAACAGCAACUGGCUAUCCUAGAACGAGUGAACACCCCAACCUGUCAAUUAGAUAAAGCCCGAGCGCUAGGCUCGCUCGGCGACUGCUACGACGCCCUUGGCGACCCGGACGAGGCGGCCAAGUAUCACGAGCAGCACUUGACUGCUGCCUUAAAGUUGGACAACUCGCGGGAGCAGGAAAGGGCGUAUAGAGGCUUGGGGCUUAGUCACAAAUCGGUUGGUAAUCUCCAGCAAGCCCUAGUCUGUCUGGAAAAGCGCCUGGUGGUAUCCCACGAGCUGGGAAUGCCUGAGGCCAAGGCACAGGCGUACGGCGAGUUAGGCGCGUUGCACAUCGCGCUCAACAAUCUGGAGCAGGCCGUUUCGUGCUUGGAGCACCAGAAGAACAUUGCCAAGGAGCUAAAUAACCAAAUAAUGGAAGCCGAAGCGUGCCACUCACUGGGCGUGGCUCAGCACGCACUAGGCGACCACGCCGCAGCCGUUCGCCACCACCGAGCUGAGCUGGAACUGGCUCACAGACUAGGGCUCACGCAUCUGCAGGCUCGCGCGUGUGGUGGACUGGGUGCGGCGCAUGCUUCGAUGGGUGCUCAAGCGGAGGCCGCUCGUUGGCAUGAGUCCAGACUACGGCAUGCCACUGCUGCAGGAGACACGCGAGGCCGAGCUCAAGCGCUUGCAGAUUUGGGACGGGCUCACCUCGCCAUGGGCGCGUGCGGCAGUGCCGUCUCUUAUUUGAGGCAAGCGCUCGCAGCUACUGAAGGCCUAGCUGAUGUUGAUGAAGAGGCUCGAGUCCGCCACAGACUCGGCUUCGCCCUUUGGGCUUCAGGCGAGUUGGAAGAAGCUAAAGAACAGCUGCACGCUGCACUCAGGGUCCUGGAGUCGGGCAGCGAAAAGCACAGAAACAAGAAGAUCACGGCGCUCUACACUUCCACGCAACACGCUUUGCAGCGGGUGCUUGUGGAAUUGGGACGCCAUUCGGAGGCUCUAGUGGUAGCGGAACGCGGCCGCUGCCGUGCGUUGGACACUGUUGGAGAGAAGCAGAGCUCCUUGAACAUUACCAACUUGGAUCUGCAUGCUGUGCAAAGAAGCCUCGCAGAAGAGGCAAUCAAAAGCCCGGAGCCGUGGUGUCCGGCCAACAUUGAUCAAGUCCUGGAGGUGGUGAACAAGCAAAAGGCCCCCGUCUUGUACUACAGUCUGGCCGCCGGCCGGCUUUACGCGUGGCUACUUCAGCCUCACAAGGGUAUUCUAAGAUUCCACCAAAUUUCGCUGAUUGAAGAAACCGAAGAAAGCGAUAAUAGUUUGCCUGACAUCAGUCCUGAUGAUUUACAUAUGAAUACUGGUGGUGUCGGAAAACUUGAACGAUGUAUAAUGGAAUGGUCGGCUUGGCUGAAGACAUCCGCUGAGCGUAGGACCGACAACGACGACCAAUGGGAGCCCGAGGAGCUGCCUGCUGGAGGACUCGCCAGAAUGGUUGCUCGUAAUCAUCUGCUGAACUCAUCGAAUUAUUCACUGAGCUCGCUCUUCAGUGUGGGGUCGGUCGGCGGAUCCGUCGCUGGAUCGGUUGCUAGUCUACAAGGAUCUACUAGGUCCAGUGUCCACGGGUCCCGCAAGAAGCAGCCAUCGUGGCAAGGACCAGCUUGUCUGAGCACCCUAUACCAGAUGCUUCUAGCUCCCUUCGAAGAUCUCCUGCCAGCAUCUUGCAAUAACAACCACGCAUCCCACGGUCGGCGGGGCUGCGGCGGGCGGCGGGAGCUGGUGCUGGUGGUGGAGGGCGCGCUGUACGCGUGCCCGUGGGGCGCGCUGCGCGGCGCCGACGAGCCGCUGUGCGAGCGCUACGCGCUGCUCGCCGCGCCCGCGCUGCGCCCGCUGCGCCACCACCGGCCCCGGGCGAGGCCCCACGAGCGAGGUGCAUCAGCUUCAACCUCCAACGCAGAAGCGGGCAUGCGAUGCCUGGUAGUAGGCGGACCGCGCGUGGGCGGAGGGCGCUGGGCGGGCGUACACGCGCAACUGAAGGAGGCUGAAUUGGUUGCCGAUAUGCUGAGGGUCUCAGCUCUCACCGACUAUCAGGCGUCAAAAGAAGCGGUACUGGCGCAACUGCCCCAAGCCGAGUGCGUUCAUUUCGCCACUCACAUCUGUUGGAAGACACCUGCUAUUGUGCUGAGUCCUGGUGAAGUGGUUGAUUCUCAAUCCAAACGUCUGUUGAACACGAGUGUCGGCAGCGGUGCAGCUGACACGUCGACUGAAAACGAAGAAGAAAAUGCUGAAAUGACACCGAGCAACGAGGAAUUGCCACCUGCCUCCGAGUUCAUGCUUACAGCUUCAGAGAUAAUGAGCAUGAAGAUCACUGCCAGACUGGUGGUGAUAUCCUGCGCACCAUCCAGCGCAGCUCUCCUCGGCACAGAGAACGAAGACGUCACACUGGCAGGCGAGGGCGUGUCAGCGCUAUGCCGCUCACUCCUAGCGGCCGGGGCGCAGGCUAUCUUGCUCACACUGUGGCCAGCUCCGCAGGACACCGCCACUAAGAUCCUGUAUCGCGCGUUGUAUUCGGCGCUGCUGCAGGGAAGCAGGGUUGCUAAAGCCCUCGGCGACGCCAUGCAAACAGUCCGCCACACAAAGCUGUUCGCACACCCCGCGCACUGGGCCGGGCAGGUGCUGCUCGGAGCCAACAUCCGCCUUAGUAACAAAGUGGCGCUGAUGGGGCAGGCGCUGUGCGAACUAUUGGCCUCGCCUGACAAGUGUCGGGACGCUUUACGAGUCUGCCUUCACUUGGUAGAGAAGUCUCUACAGAGAAUAGUGAGAGGCCAAAAGAACGCAAUGUACACAACACAGAAGAGCAUAGAGAACAAAGCUGGGACGGCCGCUGGUUGGAGAGAGCUGUUGAUGAGCGUCGGGUUCAGGUUUGAGCCAGCAGCCAAUGGAAUACCUUCCAGUGUGUUCUUCCCUCAAAGUGAUCCGGAAGAAAGACUUACACAGUGUUCCGCUAGUCUUCAGGCAUUAUUAGGGCUAUCUCCAACAACCUUACAAGCACUAUCAAAACUAAUUUCAAACGGAGACGUUGCCGAUGACAUAAUCGGCGUUAUACGUUCCGUGAUUUCCCAGUUUUCGGUGAAGAGUUCCGACACUGACACGAUCGAAGUGGCUGUGAACGUCAGACUAUGGCGAGUGAACGGAUGCCAUGAACUACUGGCGUCUUUGGGCUUCGAUCUUGCAGAAGUAGGGCAGGAUGAGGUCACUCUGCGAACUGGGAAGGCGGCGAACAGAAGACAUAUACAGUUCGUGCUUCAAGCGCUACUUGCUCUAUUCGAUACGCAAGAAGCGCCAAGAAGUCUCAGUCUGGAGUCCAGUUCGAGUGUGGAAUCAUUAGCGUCUAUCGACGAUGGAGACUUAGAACCGCACUCUGAUGGAGAACCUCCACCAAGGCAACAUCGCCAGGAAAGCGCAUCAUCAGUGCCACCACCCCCAUUGCCUCUCGGAUCCUGUGGUGGGGCCUUCACAAUGUACGUACGCGGCACAUCAUCGUCAACUGAUGUGGGACGCGGCGAGCCUGAUGGCAGAACUGCCCCGCCGCCAGCACCACCACCACCCAGAUACAGGGGCGAGAGUGAUGCGGCAUUCACACCAUCACCGCCAGCUGCACCUCAACCUGCCCCUUCAGCACCUCAACGGGAUGUCUCUCUAGCGCUCGCACAUCAAACCAAAAUCAGAACUCUCUACACUAGAAGACCGCCUUCAACUGACGACUCCGACUGGGAAAGCUCCGGCCACGACACCGUUCUAAGGAGACGGCCUGAUCACUCCCAUGCGAGAUACCUUGAUGCUUUCUACGAUUUAGCUGCAGCACAACCUAGGAGAACUUCUGAAGAAGAUAAGACUGAACAAGUGAGGGAAAUGAGUCAACCUUCUUCUUCUAAGCGAGUGCCGCGACCUAAAAUGGGCACAAGUAGUCGAGACUCCAUGGCCCAGGUACGACAUAUGAGUGGCGAAAUGACUCCUACAAUAUCUGAGGUAUAUCACGAAAGGAAUAUUGGCCUAGGCCUUGCACCUCCACUAGCCGAGCUCCUGCUAGCCGAGGAUUCAAAAACGGAGAUGAGAGCGGCCAGCUCCAGUGAGAAUCUACUUCUGCAAAACUUAGAAAAGCUUGGCCUUCUGGGUGACACGAGCGAAAACGAGGAGCGAUGGUGCAACAACAACUCUUCAAGGCCGUGGUUAUCGACGCUGCCUUUAGAAACAGACGUCCAGGGAUCGGAUCUAACUACUGCUGAAAUAAUUGAACGUCAGAACAAAUUCAAGAAAGAGGUUGAACCGAAGAGGAAGGAAGAGAACGCAUAUGAGUUAAAGCCGAAAGAGGAGGCAGCGGGACCGAGCGUGAUGGAAAAGAGGUCCGUGUCUCCCUUCUCAGAGAUGUCUCGGAGAGACGAAGGGGAUGGCAGAAGUAUAGCGGAUUCCCAUUCUUCGUAUAAGGCGAUGGUGAUGAGUCCCCGCGCGCCGUACUUGCCGGAGGAGGGCGAGGGGGGCGCGCCCGCGCCGGCGGAGGGCGGCAAGACGCACCCGCGCCCGCGCCGCCCGCCUGUGCCCAGAACGAGACCCGCGUAUACGACCCUUGAUUUCCCACCGAAAUAACUAAAUGUGAGUGAAGUGUUUCGAUUUUUUGUAAAUAACUUGUAUAAAUAGGUGUAAGAAUUUAGUUAUUGCAAAUAUUUUAAUUUAGUUAAGAUCCUGUAAAAUACUUUGAAUGCUCAAGCAAUUUUUAUAUGUUUAUGGUUAAUUUGUAAGUCAGCACUUUAUUUGUAUAAUUAGUUAUAUUUUUAUAUAGUUCCAAACUACAUAUAUAAAAUAGUUAUUUUACAUUUUAACUACCACAAGUAUCGUAUCGUCUAGCGUUAGUAUUUAUUUCAAGUCUUCUACUUAUUUCUGGUAUUGAUGUUAUAGGUAAUUAAUUAUGCUAAUAAUCUGAAACAAACCUUGCCAUUGUAUAUAGUUAACAUAAAAAGUUAUGUGUCACAAUUGAUC